AUGUUUGUUUCCGCGCAAAAUCACGGAGCGUUCGUCGUAGCUUCGACUCGAAAUCUUGGUGGUCAGAAGAAGAAAGAGUUGAGCACCGCCACCUUUAGACAACGCUCGUCGUCCUCGAAAAGAGCGUCGACGUCGGGGUAUAAAGUUACGGCGGCUGCUGGAAGCGAGGACGACGAUUUCGUUCCCGCGCAAGACUCCUCGCGGUUUCGCCAAAAACCAAUCGAGGACGACGACGAAGACGACGAGAAACCGUCCGGUUUGCUCGGGAACUUGGUCUCCAACCUCCCGACGUUGCGCAAAGAAGACGCUCCGGACUCUUACGGCAACCGACCGGAAUCGAAGACGUUGACAGAAGGCAGAUAUAAACGACCGACGACGGUCCGAGUCGGCAACGUGGACGAAGCGACCGUCCGCGGCGAAGAUUUUGAAGUCGCCGAAGGCGGACCCGGCAUCGGUUUAUUGGUGACGUUGUUGUUCGGCGCGGCGGUGUUAGGCGGCGCGUAUUUAACCGUACAAAAGCUCACUUCGGAACCGCCGGCGGCGACGAAACGAUCGUCCAGACGCAUGCCAGCCAGCGAUAAACCAGAGUUAAAAUCCGCUCCUUCUCUCGUCCCCGCCGCUACUCCUCCCGCCGCUCCGUCUCCUUCUUCGGAGGAGUAG